AUGCGUGUCAAGUCGCUCUCUGCUGCAGCCCUGCUAGCUGGAUCAGCCGCGGCUUUCCCUUAUCAGAAUGAGGCCGUCCUAAGUGGUAAGCCGGCAAACCAAGAAAAGGCUGCAGCAGUGAAAGAAGCCUUCCAGCAUGCUUGGGAUGGUUAUAUAAAAUACGCUUUCCCUCAUGACGAGCUACACCCGGUCACCAACGGAUAUGGUGACUCCAGAAAUGGAUGGGGGGCUUCCGCUGUUGAUGCGCUAUCCACUGCAAUUGUAAUGGGCAAUCAGGAGGCUGUUCAGACUAUUCUAGAGCACGUUGCGACCAUUGACUACACUAGGACUGACUCACAGGUCAGCCUGUUUGAGACAACAAUCCGUUACUUGGCUGGCAUGUUGUCAGGCUAUGACUUGCUUAAAGGACCUGCUUCAAAUCUGGUCAGCGAUGAGAGCUUAGUCGAUAAUCUACUGAACCAAUCCAAAAACCUGGCUGAUGUGCUUAAGUUUGCCUUUGACACCCCUUCCGGUGUCCCCUACAACAACCUCAAUAUCUCAUCACAGGGCAACGAUGGCGCAACAACCAACGGUCUGGCUGUGACAGGUACUCUGGUGAUGGAAUGGACACGUCUCUCUGAUCUGACGGGAGACCCAGAAUAUGCAACAAUCAGCCAAAAGGCCCAGUCAUACUUGCUCGACCCCCAGCCUUCGAGCGGGGAGCCAUUCCCGGGUCUUGUGGGCAGCAACAUCAGAAUUUCUGACGGCCAAUUUACCAACGGGUAUGUCUCGUGGAACGGAGGAGACGAUUCGUUCUACGAGUACCUGAUCAAGAUGUACGUGUACGACCCUAAGCGAUUUGAGUCGUACAAGGACCGUUGGGUACUUGCCGCAGAGUCCACUAUCAAGCAUCUGCAGUCACACCCGGAACCCCGUCCUGACCUAACGUUCCUGACUUCGUACAACGACGGCAACUAUGAUCUGAGUUCCCAGCACCUGACCUGUUUCGACGGUGGAAGCUUCAUUCUUGGCGGUACUGUGUUGGGCCGGCAGGAUUUCAUCGACUUUGGACUUGAGCUGGUCAAUGGAUGCGAGGCUACUUACAAUUCAACGCUGACUGGCAUCGGUCCCGACUCCUGGGGCUGGGACCCUAGCCGGGUGCCGAGUGAUCAGAAGGAAUUCUACAAGAAGGCUGGUUUCUAUAUUAACAGUGGCUACUACGUUCUGCGUCCCGAAGUGAUUGAGAGCUUCUACUAUGCGCAUCAAGUGACGGGCAACGAGAUUUACCGUGACUGGGUCUGGAAUGCAUUUGUUGCUAUCAACGCCACCUGUCGUACGGACUCGGGGUUUGCCGCUGUCACCAAUGUAAAUGCCAAGUACGGCGGCUCCAAGGACAAUAAUCAGGAGAGCUUCCUCUUCGCCGAAGUCCUGAAGUACUCGUACCUGACUCAUGCUGAAGACAACGAAUGGCAGGUCCAUGCGGGUGAUAAGAACACCUUUGUCUUCAACACUGAGGCUCAUCCUUUUGCUGUGGCACAUACCUAG